AUGAAAGUUUAUGAGAAUUUUUUAACCGAAAAGGAAGAAGAGAGCUUGAUGUUGGAAAUUGAACCACAAAUAAAAAGAAUUCGCUAUCAAGAUACACAUUGGGAUGAUGCAAUACAUGGUUACAGAGAAACAGAAAGAAAGGUGUGGAAUUCAGUGAAUCAGGAAAUAUUAAAGAAAGUUAGAGACAUAUCAUUUGCACCAGGAACACCACAGAUAGAUUUUACACAUAUAUUAGAUAUAAAGAAGGAUGGUUAUAUUAAACCACAUAUAGAUGCUGUUAGAUUUUGUGGAAGAAUAAUAGCUGGAUUAUGUUUGUUGUCACCAUGUGUAAUGAGACUGGUUUUAGAGAAAGAUAAAGGGAAAUAUGCUGAUAUUUUACUAAAUAGAAGAGCCUUAUAUGUUAUGAAAGAUAGAGCUAGAUAUGAGUAUACACAUGAAGUAUUGGCUGCUGAAAAAUCCUACUUUAAAGGAAAUAUAGUGCCCAGAGACAGAAGAGUGUCAGUGAUAUGUAGAAAUCAACCUAAAUAA